AUGUUUCUUUUCAAAAAGAAAAAACGCGAGAAACUACGCACAAGGCCGACGUUUAAGGGUGUUCUAACGGCGUUUUUUGCCACCAUAGCCGCAAUAUUCCUCUUGUUGCUCGCCGGCCUAUCCCUCGGUGGCACAGCCGUGGCAUUUAUCGCUACCAUGCCGCUAUUCCUCCUAUUUAGUCCGGUUCUCGUACCAGCAGGUCUCACCACUACUUUGCUGGCUACGUGUUUAGCGGCCUCCGGUAGCUUUGGUGUGACGGCUCUCAAAAUCCUCAUGUGGCUCUACAAGCAACUCACGGGCAAAGAACCGCCAAAAAUUCCAGGGUUGACGCCCGAUGCAGGUGCCUCACCCAGUGACUCGCCAGGUGCUUCGGCAGGUGCCUCGCCGGGUGACUCGCCAGGUGCCUCGCCGGAUGCUUCGCCGGGUGACUCGCCAAGUGCUUCGCCGGGUGAUUCGCCGGAUGCCUCACCGGGUGCUUCGCCAAGAGCCUCGCCGGAUGCCUCACUAGGUGCCUCACCAGAUGCCUCGCCGGGUGGCUCACCAGGUGCCUCGCCGGAUGAUUCGGCAGGUGUCUCGCCGGGUGGCUCGUCGGGUUCUUCACCGGGUGGCUCGCCAGAUGUCUCGCCGGACGGCUCACCGGAUGCCUCACCGGGUGGUUCGCCGGGUUCCUCAGGUGGCUCGCUGGAUGCUUUGCUAGGUGGCUCAUCGGGUUCCUCGCCGGGUGGCUCGCCGGAUGCUUCGCCAAGUGGCUCGCCGGAUGCUUCGCCAAGUGGCUCGCCGGAUGCUUCGCCGGGUGGCUCACUAGGUGGCUCGCUGGGUGACUCACCAGGUGGCUCGCCGGGUUCUUCACCUGGUGGUUCGCCGGGUGGUUCGCCGGGUGGUUCGCCGGGUGGCUCACCAGGUAGUUUGCCGGGUGGCUCGCCAGAUGGCUCACCGGGUGGCUCGCUGGAUGGCUCGCCGGGUGGCUCACCGGGUGGCUCACCGGGUGGCUCGCCAGGUAGCUCACCGGGUGGCUCACCGGAUGGUUCGCCGGGUGGCUCACCGGAUGGUUCGCCGGGUGGCUCGCCGGAUGGUUUACCAGGUGGCUCGCCGGGUAGCUCACCAGGUGGUUCAUCGGGUGGCUCGCCAGGUUCCUCGCCGGGUGGCUCGCCAGAUUCUUCGCCGGGUGGCUCGCCAGCCAAACCAGCAGAUAAACCGGCAGCUAAACCGGAAGACAAACCAGCAGCAAAACCAACAGCCAAACCAGCAGCUAAACCGGCAGCUAAACCAAAAACCAAACCACCAGCCAAACCAGCAGCUAAACCGGCAGCUAAACCAAAAACCAAACCACCAGCCAAACCAGCAGCUAAGCCAGCAGCUAAACCAAAAACCAAACCACCAGCCAAACCAGCAGCUAAGCCAGCAGCUAAACCGGGCAAAUAA